GGGGAGCGAAGGAGCGCCGGGGCCUGAGGCUUGAUUGAGUGAUUUCUGUCGAAGGUGGAAGUCACUUCCAUUAGAAGCAGAUGCUCCCGGCCUUUAGGUGCUUUCCUGCUGACCUCCUUUUUAUCUUGUUAUUUUCCUGUCGUUAUUUUGUAAUGGGAAUGUCUUCUUUAGAAAUUAAAUGGCUAGCAAUGGGUAAAAACACAACCUAAGUAAAGGCGCGGUUUAAGACGAAGUGCGGCCGGCAGGACCUGCCGAGAGUCCCGGCGCACAAAUCCUGCAGCCCGAGGCCUUUAUUCCAGCGUUACGGACCGAUCCUAGGCGGUCAUGGAAACUCGGAUCACCUGUCACUCCAUGGAUUUUUUUGGGCAGCACAGACCAGAAGAUAACCAGUCAGUAGUCAGUAGAAUGCAGAAGAAAUACUGGAAAACCAAACAGGUCUUCAUCAAAGCAACCGGAAAGAAGGAGGAUGAGCACGUGGUGGCAUCUGAUGCUGAACUGGAUGCUAAACUUGAGGUUUUUCACUCCAUUCAAGAGACAUGUACUGAACUUCUGAAGAUAGUUGAGAAAUAUCAGCUAAGACUCAAUGUUAUAUCGGAGGAAGAAAACGAACUAGGGCUCUUUUUAAAGUUCCAAGCAGAACGGGAUACAACGCAGGCUGGCAAAAUGAUGGACGCCACUGGCAAGGCACUCUGUUCUUCAGCCAAGCAAAGAUUGGCCCUGUAUACUCCCCUGUCUCGACUUCAGCAAGAAGUAGCAACAUUCAGUCAAAGGGCGGUAUCUGAUACCUUGACGACAAUUAAUCGGAUGGAGCAGGCGCGCACAGAAUACAGAGGAGCCCUGCUGUGGAUGAAAGAUGUAUCUCAAGAACUGGACCCAGACACCUUAAAACAAGUGGAAAAGUUCCGAAAAGUACAGAUCCAAGUGAGAAAUAGCAAAACUUCUUUUGACAAGUUAAAGAUGGAUGUUUGUCAGAAAGUGGAUUUACUUGGAGCUAGUCGCUGUAACAUGUUGUCUCAUUCACUUGCUACCUACCAGAGAACACUGCUUGGAUUCUGGGAGAAGACAGCUCGAAUGAUGUCCCAGAUUCAUGGGACCUGUAUAGGCCUUCAUCCAUACGACUUUGUAGCUCUCAAGCAACUACAAGACACUCCAAUGAAGCUUACUGAAGACCACAAGGAAGAACGAAUAGAAGACAAUUCUCUCCCUGAAAACCUCAAUAGGUUAGUUUUGUCAGAUGAGGAAGUGAACUUGGGAAGUGAACCAGCAACUGAACAUCAUAAGGAAAAACAUUCUGGAAUAAAAGAAUUUGUAGCACCUCGGUUUUCUGACUCUGAAAAUGUUGCAAAAGAUUUGCCAGUAGAUUCAUUGGAAGAUGAUUUUGAGAAGGAAUUCUCGUUUCUGAACAGCCUUCUAAGUCCUGGUUGUUGGAGUGCUGGUGAAUCUUCCCAGGAAUGCCAGGCUGUCUUUGGAAGCCCCAAGGCCAGUCUCAAGUGCCAGGAGCCUUCUGGGGGCUCUGAGCCUCUUGCUCACUCUGCAGGAUUCCUUCCUUCACAGCUCUUUGACCUUGGCCUUCAUGCUGCUGGAGCUUUCAACAGCUGGGCCUCCCAUGGGGGAUUGGAAUUUCCUCUGUCACACAUUGAUAACCAGCCAGUGCCUUCACAGAGUCCAAAGAAAUUAACAAAGUCUCCCAACAGUGGUAACCAAGACAUGUCAGCCUGGUUCAAUCUAUUUGCAGACUUGGAUCCACUUUCAAACCCAGAUGCUAUCGGACACUCAGAUGAUGAACUUCUUAAUGCUUGACUGAAGUUACGAUGCCACUUCAAUGGCCUUGAGACACCAGUUUUGCAACUUACUGCCUUAGUGGAAAGGAGUUUAUGUUGUCACUCACACACGAAGACGUUGUGUUUGCAAAUUUAACACUUGACAGCCAACUUUAGACAGAUGGUAAGGACAGAUGGUAAGGACCAACCACAUUUUUAUACAUUAAGUGUCUAUUUAAUAUCUUGGAUUUGCAGCAGUUGGUAAUAUAUGGAAAACUUUAGAAACUAUUGAGUCUGAAAUUGAUACCAAAACUUAGAAUAACAGGUAGGGAUAAUUGUCAGUAGGGAUUGGGUUUAUUUAUUUGGAAAACCUUUUAUGUAUGAGUUGCCUUGCUGGCUGUGAGAUUUCUAUAUAUAGAUAAAGGACAGCAUGUAAACUGGGUUGUGAUUUGGGGUUGGUUUUUAAAUACAACACUGGCAGGGGGGAUUUUCUGUUGUGGAACAUAGCACUAGAAACAAGACUAGUUUUGUCUUUAGAAAGGUAGAAUAAGAUUUGAGAACUCAGUUUUCUUUGAUAAAAUCACAGAGAAACUUGGUAUUUGUUCUCUCCACUUGGAGGCUAAAAUGUAGUAUCUCAGUUCUUUUCCUUCAUACAAAAUCAUGGACACCCUCCAUUUUCAUUAUUGAAUUUUUUGGGGAAAGUAGCAGGACGAGUUAUUUGCUAAGUCCACCCUCUGUAGAAACAGAAAAUUCUCUUCCCAUCUUAUAAAGCACAGGACUGUCCAACAGUAUUUCAGACCUUGUACUUCAUUUUGUCUUCAGGCCUAAGUCUUCACACAUUGCCGUCACAGUGCGCUGUAUUCACAGGCUGCCUGAAAGAAGGCCAGGGAGGAUACUCCCUGGGCAACUGGCAGUCGUAUUCCUGCAAUCACCCAGAAACGUCUACUUGAAUGAGGGAAAAAUCUAAUUAACUCACCCUCGAACAGAUGUGCUAUACUUACCCAGUAUUUCUCAACAUGAUUUAACCCAGAAUACUUUCUGGCACAGUUACAGAAAGCUCUAUACCAUCAGUAAAGCAGUCUUUCAUUUUUUCACUUUUCUGUGGGUGACAUUAGCUGAGGUUCUGUUUGAUUACUAAGGACAAACUUACCCUUGGAAGGUUUAGAGUCUUAAGUAUCAGAAGGCAGGUCCUUUAAUGGAAGUUGAAGUAUAUGCUGAUAUAAGCACAGCCACUGUAGACAGUCACUCUAUGUCCUGUUCUUUCUUCCUGCCCAGCCUGGGUUCUGAGGCAGUUCACCCGGUCCUGUUUCAUCAUCGUCCAGUCCAUUGUAUCUGCAUAAGUGACCAUUUUCACGAACAUGUUCACAGCAGAUUUCACUAUACUCCUAGUUCCAAGCAAGCUUAACUGUUAUUUACAGGAGAAUUGCUUGUAAUCUCUGAGUCACUGUAUAUAGAAAAAACUUUUUCUUAGGAAUGGACUAGGGCAGGUAAACAGCAGUCCACUUCCCAUCCAUAGCAGUCUGGCCUGACUGCAAUCUGAGCUGCCCACAGGCUCUUUGGAAAACCACAACUGUGGUCAAGUAGUGGCUGGCUAGAAAGACCUUAACUGAGGGUCAGAAAUAUGGACUUAAAAGAUUCUGUAAAACUUUCCUUAAAAUAUUUUCACGUGCUUAUUCAUAUUUACUUGGUUUAACCCUUAAGAAGCAUUUUGUAACUCUCCCUUUUUAUUCAGUGAAAUUCGCCAGAGUGUAGUACGUUGUUCCACCAAAAUUCCAUCACCAGGGGUCAUGAUUAUGAAUCACAAUCUAAAGUCUAUAUCCAUGGUCACUCUGAGCUCUCAACUUUGGGAGCACCUCAGAAAAUGCAGUCUUGAGUUUUGCCAUUUUUCUCUUAUUAAUUUUCACUAAUGCAUUAGUUAAAAAAUACUUGUAUAGCUCCCUCACAUCCAUGCAGAGCAGUCCUUGUUAUGGCGUAAACAAAGACACUCAGUGCAGAGGAAAACCAGUACUCUCCCUAGGCCUAAAUCCCUGACAGUGUAUGUAGGGGGGAUACUGCCCCCCAGUUUUCCAAGAGCAAAGGUUAUCAAAAAAUAGAAACAUCAGAAUUUUUAUUAUUCAGUUCUUAGUUUCUCUAACAUUUUUGCUUUCAACAGAGUAUCCAUUUGCUCAUUUAACCCAAAAGCAACACUGCCUUUAGAAAGUCCAGUUAUAACUUCAGCAAGUCUAAUGACUCCAUUUUUGAAGUGCACAUUUAAAACUUUAUUUUUCCUCAGGGUUAGUUAUUUGAAGCUCAAUCAUUAAUUUAAGAGCCAGAAACAGAAAUUUGGCUGUAUUACACCUAAAAUAGGUGUAAUAGCAAACCAAGCACAUAUUCAGUCAGGAGUGAAAGGAAGGACAGGAUAAACACAGAACAGAAAGGUGGUCAGUUGCUAUUUGCUUAAAUCUAGAACCACCAUUCAAUAAAUAAAUGAAUUAACCUUAACCAAGGGUGAGCUGAGAACAACUCUUAUCAAAAUAAAUGAAUGCUUUUUAUAUUGAGUGGGGGGAUAGCUAUCUUAUACUUUUUAAUAGCAGACAAAAAUGCAUUUAAACUUAGAAAAGCCCCCAGAAGAACUAAAAUUUGCCUCAUCUUUCUUCAACCAACUUUAGGGCAGAUUAAGAUCAAAUUGGUGUGACUUUGUAUUUUUUGAAAUCUUUCAUUAAUUGUAAAACAUAACUCUGAUAUGAUUAGAAACAACCUGUUUUAACAAAACAGGUUUCAGUAUUUGCACAAUGAAAAAGUGUUUGUAUUUCAGACCAUCUGGAAAUGUAAAGGUCUUAACUGUGUGUAAACAAAGGAAGUUUGAAUGUGCUAUUUUUCCGAGCCUCUUUUAUUAAUAAUAAAAUUAUAAGAUGGCAUUAAAAAGUUUAUUUUCUAAAGUG